CCGUCCCAACUGCGAGUGGUUGAGUCCCUGGCGGGGCGCGGCGGUGGUAGGUGUAGCGUACGGGUUCCCGAGCUGACGUGGCUUAAAUUGGGAGGGGGGCAGCUGGAACCUCCGGCGGCAACCGCUUCCAGAAAUGCUGAGCCGAUUGUCAGGAUUAGCAAAUGUUGUUUUGCAUGAAUUAUCAGGAGAUGACACUGAUGAGAAUAUGAGGGCUCCCUUAGACCCUGAAUUACCCCAGGAAUCUGAUAUGGAAUUUAAUAAUAGAACACAAGAGGAUGUUCUGGAACGCCUGGCUUAUGCAGAGAAGUUAGUGGUGGAGCUAAAAGAUAUUAUUAGGCAGAAAGAUGUUCAACUGCAGCAGAAGGAUGAAGUUCUACAGGAAGAAAGAAAAGCUGCUGAUAACAAAAUAAAAAAAUUAAAACUUCAUGCUAAGGCCAAAUUAACUUCUUUGAAUAAACACAUAGAAGAAAUGAAGGCUCAAGGAGGAACUGUUCUGCCUACAGAAUCUAAGUCAGAGGAGCAACUUUCCAAGCAUGACAAGAGUUCAACAGAGGAAAAUACGGAAAUAGAAAUAAUGAAACAUAAACUCCAGGAGAAGGAGGAAUUAAUUAACACUUUGCAAGCCCAGCUUACCCAGGCACAGGCAGAGCCAGCUGCACAGUUUAAUAAGAGUAAUAUAGAAAUUGAAGAAUUUAUAAUUAUGAAACAACAGCUCCAGGAUCAGGAGAAACUUAUAGGCACUUUGCAAGCCCAGCUCAGCCAGACACAGGCAGAACAAGCUGCACAGUUGAGUUCCAUGCAGCAGGUGGUCCGAGAGAAAGAUGCCCGCUUUGAAACACAAGUUCGUCUUCAUGAAGAUGAGUUGCUUCAGUUAGUAACCCAGGCAGAUGUGGAAACAGAGAUGCAACAGAAAUUGAGAGUGAUGCAGAGGAAGCUUGAAGAACAUGAAGAAGCCUUGGUGGGCCGUUCUCAGGUUAUUGACUUACUACAACAGGAGCUGACUGCUGCUGAACAGAGGAACCAGAUUCUCUCUCAGCAGUUACAGCAGGUGGAAGCUGAGCAUAACACUUUAAGGAAUACUAUGACAACAGAAAGACAAGAGUUCAAGAUUCAGGUAGAAAAGAUGGAACUUGAAGUGGCAGAGAAAAAACUGUCCUUUCAUAACCUCCAAGAAGAGAUGCAUCAUCUUUCGGAAAAGUUUGAGCAAGCAGGCCAAGCCCAGGCUGAACUGGAGUCUCAGUACAGUGCUUUGGAGCAAAAGCACAAAGCAGAAAUGGAAGAGAAGACUUCUCACAUUUUGAGUCUUCAAAAGACUGAACAAGAGCUGCAGUCUGCCUGUGAUGCUCUGAAGGAUCAAAAUUCGGAGCUUCUCAAAGAUAAGAAUGAACAAGCAGUUCAGUCAGCCCAAGCCAUUCAAGAGUUGGAAGAUCAACUCCAGCAAAAGUCCAAAGAAAUUAGCCAACUUAAUAAACCAACCUUACAAAACCAUGAAAUAGCAUCUCAGACAUCUUUCCCAGAUCAGGGCACACAGGCAGACACUGAGGAGACUCUUGCCUCUUUGCAGAAGAGAGUGGUAGAACUAGAGAAUGAAAAGGGAGCCCUGCUCCUUAGUUCUAUAGAGCUGGAGGAGCUGAAAGCUGAGAAUGAAAAACUGUCUUCUCGGAUUAUUCUUCUGGAGGCUCAGAAUAGAACUGGGGAAGCAGAUAGAGAAGUCAGUGAGAUGAGCACAGUUGAUAUUACCAGGCUCAACAGGAACAGCUCUUCUACCAAGGAAAAUGAACAAGAUGUUCUAGAGAGCACAGUUUCUCAGAAACAUAAAGAGUUAUCAGUUUUAUUGUUGGAAAUGAAAGAAGCUCAAGAAGAAAUUGCAUUUCUUAAAUCACAGCUCCAGGGCAAAAGGGCUGAGAGGGAGCCUGAGGUCCUUGACCAAAUGGAAAUGAAACAGACAGAAAUUCAAAGAAUACCUGCAAUUAAAAGGAAAGUAUUUCUUGAAGAUAGAGGGCAAGAUUUUCCCUUGAUGCCAAAUGAAGAAAGCAGUCUUUCAGCAAUUGAAAAAAAAGAACAGGAGAGUACCAAACAUCAGACUAGAACACCUGAAGAAAUAUCAUUAAAUGAUGGUGGAAUGGAGUUGAAAUCAACAAAACAGGACGAUGUUAAUAAAUCCCUUUCUGCUGUACCGGAUAAUGGUCAGUAUCAGGAUGAGUUGGAAAGAUUAAAAAGUCAAAUUUUGGAACUUGAGAUAAACUUUCAUAAAGCAGAAGAAAUCUAUGAGAAAAGUUUAGAUGAGAAAGCUAAGGAAAUUAAUAAUUUAACCCAGUCAAUUGAGGAAUUUAAGAAAAAUGCUGAAAAUACCAGCAGUGUGCUCACUGCUUUGUCUGAAGAAAGAGAGCAGCUUCUUUCUCAGGUGAAGGAACUUAGUGUAGUAACAGAACUGAGGGCUCAGGUAGAGCAACUGGAAACAAAACUUGCAGAAGCAGAAAAGCAAAGAACACUUGAAUAUGAAAGCCAAAGUACUCAACACAACCUGCUAACUGAGCAGAUUCACAGUGUCAGCAUAGAAGCCAAAUCUAAAGAUGUGAAAAUUGAAGUUUUACAGAAUGAACUGGAUGAUGUGCAGCUUCAGUUUUCUGAGCAGAGCACACUGAUAAGAAGCCUGCAAAGUCAGCUGCAGAAGAAGGAAAGUGAAGUGCUUGAGGGGGCAGAGCAUGUGAGGGAUAUUUCAAAUAAGAUGGAAGAACUGCUACAGACACUUUCACAGAAGGAACUUGAAAUAGCAAAGAUGGAUCAACUGUUACUAGAGAAAAAGAGAGAUGUGGAAACCCUCCAACAAACUAUCGAGGAGAAGGAUCAGCAAGUGACAGAAAUCAGCUUUAGUAUGACUGAGAAAAUGGUUCAGCUUAAUGAAGAGAAGUUUUCUCUUGGGGUUGAAAUUAAAACUCUUAAAGAACAGCUAAAUUUAUUAUCAAGAGCUGAAGAAGCAAAAAAAGAGCGGGUAGAAGAAGAUAACGAUGACGUUUCUGGCCUUAAACAUAAUUAUGAUGAGUUGAGCCCAGCAGGGCUAAUAAGUAAAGAAGAACUUCAGCAUGAAUUAGAUCUUCUGAAGAAAGAAAGUGAGCAGAGAAAGAGAAAGCUCCAGGCAGCUCUUAUUAACAGAAAGGAACUUCUACAAAGAGUCAGUAUAUUAGAAGAGGAAUUAGCCAAAGUGAAAGACAAAUCUAGGAAAGAGAUACCACUCAGUGAGAAUGAGAGGAGGGAAAUGGAGGAAAAUAAAGAGAACAAGGAAGACUCAGAAAAAUGUGUGACUUCUAAGUGCCAAGAAAUAGAAAUGUCUUUAAAACAGACCAUAUCUGAGAAAGAACUGGAACUAGAACAUGUAAGGAAGGGUUUGGAAGAAAAGAUAGCAGCUGAAGAAGAGUUACAGACUAUAGUUAAACAGAUGGGUCAGAGCUUGCAAGAUAAGACAAACCAAAUAGAUUUGCUGCAAGCGGAAAUCGUUGAAAACCAAGCAAUUAUCCAGAAGUUAACCUCAAGUAAUAAGGAUGCAGGUGAUGGAGACUCAGUAGCACCUGUAAAAGAAACAGCUGCAAUCAGUCCACUUGGUACAGGGGAUGGAGAACACUGGAAACCAGAAUUGGAAGAAAGGAUAUUAAGCCUUGAAAAAGAAAAGGAGCAACUUCAAAAGAAGCUACAGGAAGUCUUAACUUCCCGCAAGGCAAUUCUAAAAAAGGCACAGGAGAAAGAAAGACAUCUUAAGGAGGAACUAAAGCAACAGAAAGAUGACUAUAAUCGCUUGCAAGAGCAGCUUAAUGAGCAGAGCAAGGAGAAGGAGAAUAUUGCAGAUCAGCUUGCACAACUCCAGAUUCAAGUACAGGAGUCCAUAGAUAGAAAACACCCAGCCACUGACCCACAGGAACCAAGCUCUCCCACUCAAGAUUUAGAACAACCUUUAUUCAAAGCCACAGAACAGCAUCCUACCCAACCUGUUUUAGAGUCUGAUUUGUACCCAGACUGGCCUUCUCAUUCCGAAGAUACAAGUACUCUGCAGGGUAAUACUUCCAUUGCCCACAUUAAGGCCAAACUGAAAGAAAUAGAGACUGAGAAAGAACAGUUAGAAUUGAAAUUUAGUUCUGCAACAAAUGAGCUUACCAAAAAAUCAGAAGAAGUAUUUCUGUUACAAGAGCAGAUAAACCAACAGGAUUUAGAAAUCCAGAGUCUGAAGACAGCAUCCCAUGAAGCUGAAGCCCAUGCAGAAAGCCUGAAGCAGAAACUGGAAAGCAGUCGGCUAGAAAUUGCUGGCUUAGAACAUCUGAGAGUAUUACAGCCUGAACUAGAUGAACUGCAGAAACUUAUAAGCAAAAAGGAAGAAGAAAUUAGCACUAUUUCUGGACAACUUAGAGAGAAAGAAGAAUCCCUUGCUAAAGUACAGACAGAGAUUAUAGAACAAGAAGAUUUAAUUAAGGCUCUACAUACACAGCUUGAAAUACAAGCCAAAGAACAUGAUGAGAGGAUAAAGCAGUUGCAGGUAGAACUUUGUGAAAUGAAGCAAAAACCAGACGAGAUUGAAGAAGAAAGUAGGGCAAAGCAACAAAUACAGAGGAAACUGCAAGCUGCCCUUAUUUCUCGAAAAGAAGCACUGAAAGAAAACAAAGGUCUCCAAGAAGAGUUGUCUUUGGCCAGAGAUACCAUUGUACGGCUCACCAAGUCUCUAGCAGAUAUAGAAAGUCAAGUUUCUGCUCAAAAUAAAGAAAAAGAUACAUUCUUAGGAAGAUUAGCUCUUCUUCAGGAAGAAAGAGACAAACUCAUUACAGAAAUGGACAAGUCUUUACUAGAAAAUCAAAAUCUCAAUGGCUCUUGUGACAGUCUAAAGCUAGCUCUAGAGGGUCUUACUGAAGACAAGGAAAACUUAGUGAAGGAAAUUGAAUCUUUGAAAUCUUCUAAGAUUGCAGAAAGCACAGAGUGGCAAGAGAAACACAAGGAGCUACAAAAAGAAUAUGAAAUUCUUCUACAGUCCUAUGAGAAUGUUAGCAAUGAAGCCGAAAGGAUUCAGCAUGUGGUAGAAACUGUGAGGCAAGAGAAGCAAGAACUGUAUGGCAAGUUAAGAAGUGCAGAAGCAAACAAGAAAGAGACAGAAAAGCAGUUUCAAGAAGCUGAGCAAGAAAUGGAGGAAAUGAAAGAAAAGAUGAGAAAGUUUGCUAAAUCUAAGCAACAGAAAAUCCUAGAGCUGGAAGAAGAGAAUGAGCGGCUUAGAGCAGAGGUACACCCUACAGGGGGUACAGCUAAAGAAUGUAUGGAAACACUUAUUUCUUCCAAUUCCCAUAUGAAAGAAGAACUUGAAAGGAUCAAAACAGAGUAUGAAACCCUCUCUGAGGAGUUUAAGACUUUACUGGCUGAGAAAAAGUUUCUAAGUGAAGAAGUUCAAGACUUAAAGCACCAGAGAGAAGAUAUUGCAUUUAAACAAGCUAGCCUAGAAGCACCUGAGAAACAUAACAAAAUGGAUAUGCUUGAAGAGGGAACACAAUCUGUACCAGGUGAGGUGAAAGAGCAACACUCCCUGAGUAUCAGCACAAGACCUGCAUGCUCAGAAUCUGCUCUAUCAGAGAACAGUGCUAAACCUGAUGUAAGUGAGGAUUUCAGCUCACAUGACAAAAUUAAUAAUUACCUACAACAGAUUGAUCAGCUCAAUCAAAGAAUUGCUGAAUUAGAGGUAGAGAAGCAGAAAGACAAAGAACUUAGCCAGACUUUAGAAAAUGAGAGAAAUACCUUACUGAGUCAGGUGUCAACAAAGGAUGAUGAACUAAAAAUGCUUCAGGAUGAGGUAACCAAAAUAAACCUGUUAAAUCAGCAAAUCCAAGAAGAACUCUCCAGAGUUACCAAACUAAAAGAGACAGCAGAAGAAGAGAAAGAUGAUUUGGAAGAGAGGCUUAUGAAUCAAUUAGCGGAACUUAAUGGAAGCAUUGGCAAUUAUUAUCAGGAUGUUACAGAUGCCCAAAUAAAAAAUGAGCUACUGCAAUCUGAAAUGCAGAACCUUAAAAAGUGUAUGAGUGAAUUGGAGGAAGAAAAGCAGCAGUUGGUCGAGGAGAAAACUAAGGUGGAAUCAGAAAUACGAAAGGAAUAUUUGGAGAAAAUACAGGGUGUUCAGGAAGAACCUGGCAAUAAAAGCCAUGCAAAGGAACUUCAGGAACUGUUAAAAGAAAAACAACAAGAAGUAAAGCAACUGCAGAAGGACUGUAUCAGGUAUCAAGAGAAAAUCAGUGCUCUAGAGAGAACCGUGAAAGCCCUAGAAUUUGUUCAAACUGAAUCCCAAAAAGAUUUGGAAAUAACCAAAGAAAAGCUGGCUCAAGCAGUUGAACACCGCAGCAAAGCACAAGCAGAAUUAGCUAACUUCAAAGUACUGCUAGAUGACACACAGAGUGAAGCAGCAAGGGUUCUAGCAGACAAUCUCAAGUUGAAAAAGGAACUUCAGUCAAAUAAAGAAUCAAUUAAAAGCCAAAUGAAGCAGAAGGAUGAAGAUCUUGAGCGAAGAUUGGAGCAGGCAGAAGAGAAACACCUGAAAGAGAAGAAGAAUAUGCAGGAGAAACUGGAUGCUUUGCAUAGAGAAAAAGUCCAACUGGAGGAGACAUUUGGAGAAAUUCAGCUUACUUUGAAUAAGAAAGACAAGGAAGUUCAGCAACUUCAGGGAAACUUGGACAGUACAGUGGCCCAACUUGCUGCCUUCACUAAGAGCAUGUCUUCCCUGCAGGAUGAUAGAGACAGGGUGAUAGAUGAAGCUAAGAAGUGGGAGAGGAAGUUCGGUGAUGCAAUUCAAACCAAAGAAGAAGAAAUUAGACUUAAAGAAGAGAAUUGCAGUGUUCUAAAGGAUCAACUUAAACAGAUGUCCAUCCAUAUGGAGGAAUUAAAGAUCAACAUUUCCAGGCUUGAACAUGACAAGCAAAUUUGGGAGUCCAAGACCCAGACAGAGGUCCAGCUUCAACAGAAGGUCUGUAAUACUCUACAGGGGGAAAACAAAGAACUUUUGUCCCAGCUAGAAGAGAUUCGACACCUAUACCAUAAUUCUCAGAAUGAAUUAGCUAGGUUGGAAUCAGAACUUAAGGGUCUCAGAGACCAGUCAGCUGAUUUAAAUAACUCUUUAGAAAAAUGUAAGGAACAGAAAGAAAACUUGGAAGGGAUAAUAAAGCAGCAAGAGGCUGAUAUAAAAAAUUGUAAGUUCAGUUAUGAACAACUAGAAACUGAUCUUCAGGCCUCCAAAGAGCUGACCAGUCAGCUACAUGAAGAAAUACAUAUGAAAGAACAGAAGAUUAUAAGCCUGCUGUCUAGCCAGGAAGAGGCAAUUCAAGUAGCUCUUGCAGAACUCCAUCAGCAACAUGAUAAAGAAAUUAAAGAACUGGAAAACCUGCUGUCCCAGGAGGAAGAGGAGAAUAUUGUCUUAGAAGAGGAGAACAAAAAAGCUGUUGACAGAACAAAUCAACUUAUGGAAGCACUGAAAACUAUGAAAAAGGAAAACAUUCAGCAAAAGGCUCAAUUGAAUUCCUUUGUUAAAUCCAUGUCUUCACUCCAGAAUGAUCGAGACCGCAUAGUAGGUGACUAUCAACAACUGGAAGAGCGACAUCUCUCUGUAAUCUUGGAAAAAGACCAACUUAUCCAAGAGGCUGCUGCUGAGAAUAAUAAGCUUAAGGAAGAAAUUCGAGGCUUGAGAAGUCAUAUGGAUGAUCUCAAUUCUGAGAAUGCCAAGCUUGAUGCAGAGCUGAUCCGGUAUAGAGAAGAUCUGAACCAAGUAAUAUCAAUAAAGGACUGCCAGCAAAAGCAACUGCUGGAAGCUCAACUUCAACAAAAUAAGGAACUAAAAAAUGAAUACUCUAAAUUAGAAGAAAAGCUCAAGGAGUCUGAGGAAGCAAAAGAGCAUCUGCAGAAAUUGUCUAAUGCCCUACAAGAGGAGAAACAAGGUUUAUCUAAAGAGAUUGAGAGUUUGAAAGAAUCUAUAUCACAGCUAAACAGACAAGUGACUGCCUUGCAAGAAGAGGGCUCUUUAGGAAUCUAUCAUGCCCAAUUAAAAGGAAAAGAAAAAGAGAUACAGAGCUUAAGCACUACACUUUCCACCUCUGAGAAGAGAAUUGCAGAACUGGAGGAGGAAUUGGUUUCCGUUCAAAAGGAAGCUGCUAAGAAAGUAGGCCAAAUUGAAGAUAAACUGAAGAAAGAAUUAAAGCAUCUCCAUCACGAUGCAGGGAUAAUGCGUAAUGAAACCGAAACAGCAGAAGAGAGGGUGGCAGAGCUGGCAAGAGAUCUGAUAGAAAUGGAACAGAAAUUACUCAUGGUCACCAAAGAAAAUAAAGAUCUCACAGCACAAAUUCAGUCUUUUGGAAGGUCUAUGAGUUCCUUGCAGAAUAGUAGAGAUCAUGCCAAUGAAGAGUUUGAUGAACUGAAAAGGAAAUAUGAUGCCAACCUGAAGGAGCUGGCCCAGCUAAGAGAACAGCAGGGCCUCCCACACAGAGAGCUAGAUGCUCCUCUUUCUAAAGAUUCCUUUGCAAUGAACUCCACUGAGGAGAAUAGCUUUUUGCACCUUGAGAAACUUAACCAACAGCUCCUGUCCAAAGAUGAGCAGCUGCUUCACUUGUCCUCACAACUAGAAGACUCUUACAACCAAGUGCAGUCCUUUUCCAAGGCUAUGGCCAGUCUACAGAAUGAGAGAGAUCACCUGUGGAAUGAGCUGGAGAAAUUCCGAAAGACAGAGGAAGGAAAGCAGAGGUCUGCAGCCCAGCCUGCUACCAGCCCAACUGAAGUACAGAGUUUGAAAAAAGCUAUGUCUUCACUCCAAAAUGACAGAGAGCGACUACUGAAGGAGUUGAAGAAUUUGCAGCAACAAUACUUACAGAUUAAUCAAGAGAUUAUUGAGUUACGUCCACUGAGGGCUCAACUUCAGGAGUAUCAAGAUAAGACAAAAACAUUUGAGGUUAUGCAAGAAGAGCUCAGACAGGAAAAUCUCUCCUGGCAGCAUGAGCUACAUCAGCUCAGGAUGGAGAAGAAUUCCUGGGAAAUGCAUGAAAGGAGAAUGAAGGAGCAGUACCUUCUGGCUAUCUCAGAUAAAGAUCAGCAGCUCAGUCAUCUGCAGAAUCUUAUGAGGGAACUGAGGUCUUCUACCUCUCAGACUCAGCCCCACAAAGUACAAUACCAAAGACAAGCAUCCCCAGCUUCCCUAGAUGGGUCACAAAACCUAGUUUAUGAGACAGAACUUCUUAGAACCCAGCUCAAUGACAGCUUAAAGGAAAUGCACCAGAAGGAAUUAAGAAUUCAGCAACUAAAUGGCAAGUUCUCUCAGCUACUGGAAGAGAAAAACACCCUUUCCAUUCAACUCAGUGAUACUAGUCAGAGUCUUCGUGAGAACCAACAGCACUACAGUGACCUUUUCAAUCACUGUGCAGUCUUGGAGAAGCAAGUUCAAGAGCUGCAGGCGGGGCCACUAAAUAUAGAUGUUGCUCCAGGAGCUCCCCAGGAAAAAAAUGGGGUUCACAGAAAGAGUGAUCCUGAGGAACUGAGGGAGCCACAGCAAAGCUUUUCUGAAGCCCAGCAGCAGCUGUCCAACACUAAACAGGAAGUGAGUGAAUUGAGGAAGCUGCUGGAAGAAGAACGAGACCAAAGAGUGGCUGCUGAGAAUGCCCUCUCUGUGGCUGAGGAGCAGAUCAGGCGGUUGGAGCACGGUGAGUGGGACUCUGCCCGGACUCCUAUCCUUGGCUCCUGUGGCACUCAGGAGCAAUCACUGUUAAUAGAUAUCACAAGCAACAGUUGUCGAAGGACUCGAACUGGUGCUGGAUGGAAGCGGGUCCUGCGUUCACUCUGUCAUUCUCGGACCCGAGUGCCACUGCUGGCAGCCAUCUAUCUUCUGAUGGUUCAUGUCCUACUCAUUCUGUGUUUCACAGGCCAUCUAUAGACUUAGUUACUUUUUGGACCACUGCCCUCAGAACUUGGAAUUCCCUCACUUCUAAUGUCAAAACUGUCAAUUCCAGUGGAACAGUCUUCCCACUUUACUCUCCAUGUAAAGUACCUACAAAAACAGAGGUGGAUAUGGAGCUGCAGGGAAUCUGCUUUCUUCUACUGCCCUGGGCUGGAACCCUUCUACUUAAUCUGAGAAACCUCGUAGUUGGUUUGUUCAGCCUGAUAUUUGUUCAGAUUUUGUAGAGCCCUGAUCUUUUUUAAACCUAUAAAAAGAAUUGAAGAAUGUCUUUCACCCAAGCCAAGAGGAUGUUUUCAAUAAACCUAACAAUCUAAAGUCCAGUAUCAUUUUGAUUGAUAACUUCAUUUGCCUUGUUUGCCUGUAUUUUCUCUUGCUUCCAGGGCAAGGUGGCUCUGUGAUAAAAAAAAUUCAGGGAAAUGAACACAUCUCCUCAAAGGACAUGUGAUUAGAUCUCUUGCAGAAUAGGGUGAGAGCUGAAGAACUCCCUGAGGGUCUUAGCUAUCGGUCACAGGAGAGAAGACCUAGGUAUUCUUCCCUGGGUGUUCAGACAUAAUUGGAGUGAGGAUUUUUGGUCUUGCACUGUAAAGACAGAAUUCCAUCCCAUGUAUACUGAAGUGGUUUUUCUUUUUGUUUUGUUUUUUGAGACAGUCUCAUUUUGUUGCCCUUGGUAGAGUGCCAUGGUGUCAUAGCUCACAGCAACCUCAAACUGUUGGGCUCAAGUGAUCCUCUUGCCUCAGCCUCCGAAGCAGCUGGGACUGCAGGUGCCCGCCAUAAUGCCUGGCUAUUUUUAGAGAUAGGAUCUCCCUCUUACUCAGUCCUGUCUGGAACGCCUGCGCUCAAGCAGUCCACCCGCUUCAGCCUCCCAGAGUGCUAGGAUUACAAGCGUGAACUCGGCAUAUACUGAAGUUUUAAAUGGCCUAUGUCUUUCACUGAAAGGCAGGAAGAACUAGCUACAGACAGCAGGGUUCAGAUUCAUGACACUUCUGUGUUAUCUGGAUAUGCCUGAAGGUGGGCGCUGAGACAAUGCUCUGGGGCCAGCAGGAGCCAGUCCUAGGUGAAGCAUUAACUCCAAGCGAGAAACAAGGACCUCUUGUCCCUGCACCUCAUAGCCUCUUAAAGUACUAAGCUAUUUUGCUGUUGGUGACAUUUCACUUUCUCUGCCCCAUAGCUUUGGUAAUGGAAGGAGGAUAUAGAGAAGAGAAAAUACUUAAGUCUAGACUCGAAAAGGACAUUCAGGAUUGAAUUCUAUUUGUGCCUCUUCUUCCCUGCAUCUUCUCCCGUCCCCCACCCUUACCAGUUUGUUAUUUUCUUAUUAUGUACAUAUGUUCCAUCCCUAUUCUUACCACCCAAAGAGAAAAGACUGGUGGGCUGACUGAUCUGCUCUAAAUCAUGAUUCUAUGGUGAUUAAAUCUUGGUCACAGCAUUCCAGGAACUUUCCUGAAUAACUGUAAAAUAAUAAAAUUAUUUUCCGAA